UAUUUUUCAUUUCAUUUUUAUGAUGGCAUAGCUGUUUGAUUAGGCACAAAAACCCUCAGGUUCUGGUCCCUUUGGAUUUUCCUCCGAGCUAAAUCAAAUGGGUAGUUUGCAAGUUUUUGAUUUGAACAUCUUUUUCCCAUGAAUCUGGUUUCGAUUUUGUGCGGCUGAAGUGUAUAUAGGGAACAGUCCGGCCAUAACAAGAGAAAAGAGAAAAUCAUUGAAUUCCAAAGAUGAAUAUCAAUCGAAGGAGCUUUCUUUGCGAGACCCGAUCGUGGCGGGUCUUGGCCGGAGCGUGGCCUUUGAGGCGGAUCGGGUUGUUUGGUGGUGGAUCGGGGCGUUUGGGGCCAGAGAGGUUGUGACGUUUUCUUGAUUGCUUGAUUUUUCAGGUUCGCAUUAUUUCAAUGUGGAACACUCCUGCUCGAUAUCUUCCAACUGUUCAAUCUUGCACAGAAGUGAUUUUGUUGGACAAGGAGGGUUCUAAGAUUCAAGCUUCCGUGUGUAAAGAUCAUAGGCUCAGGGGAGAAAUAUUUACUGGGUUUGUUUACAAGAUAUCGAAGUUUAAGGUGAUUCCUAAUACUCGUGAGCUUCGCUGCACAAGUCAUGGCUAUCGACUUGUAUUUAGUACACGUACCAUCCUCACUCUAUCUGGAGAUACAUCCAUCCCUCGCGAGGGUUGGAGUUUCUACGAUACGGGAUACAUAGAAAGAUGCAGGGGAAUCUUUUCACACUUAUCAGAUUUCAUUGGGGUGGUAUCAUCUGUAUCAGCUGUGAGGCGUUUUGUCACGGAAGGAAAGACAACCAAAAUGAUGAUUGUGGAACUUAGAGAUUCUGUGGGUAUUAUGCGUUGUUUCUUAUAUGGAGAACUUGCUGAAUUGCUGAUGCUCAAUCUCUGCUCUAAUUGGACUAAGAGGCCUGUGUUGAUUCUUCAGUUUAUUCAAGUUAGAAAUGUUAAUGGUCUUCUAUUUAUGCGUACCCUUCCUCACACAUCUAAGCUAUUCGUCAAUCCAGGCUUUGAGGUUGUUUCUUCAUUUACUAACAGGCUUUAUGCGGGAGGCAUUCGGACUGAUGAGCCAGUUCAGUUCCUUCGGCCUCGUGUUCUUGAAGUUAAUAUGAGACAAGACAUGCUGAAUUUGCACCCAAAGAAAACUAUCUCUCAACUCAGUGAAUCUGAUGAGUUUUCACAGGAGGCUAUUUACAUUGUCCAUGGCGGGAUUGUUGCUGCGCUGAAAAAUGAAGCAUGGACAUAUCCAUCUUGUAUAUGUCAUGGAGAAUUGAUUGUUCGGACUGGUGUGUAUGAGUGUGUCACCUGCCAGCGGUUUUUCUACACCAUGAUUCACAGGUAUCGGGUAAAUGUUGAGGUCUUUGAUGGUCAUGAGAGUGCUGUAUUUGUGUUAAAUCACUCAGAGGUGCAGGAGUUGCUGAAACUCACACCUGAACGUGUGUUUUCUGAUUUAGAGCAUGAGUUUGAUGCUUAUUAUCCAUCUGAAGUUGAAGAGAAAGUUGUAGGAAAUGAACUUUUGUUCAAGGUCUCCAAAAUAGUUGGCUUAACCUUGAAUGGACUUCCUUGCUAUCAGGUUCUCCGAAUCUGUUCUGAUGUUGAGAUCAUUUCUGCAUUUCACACUGAAGAAACAAUUCCCAAUGCAUUGGAGGUCAUAGGUAAUGAUGGAAACCAAUCUGAAGCUGGUGCUGGAGAUGGCGAAAGUAGCAAGACCACUGUUAUUUCGAAGCAAGUUAAAAGGAAAUUGGAUGGUGAGGUUCAUAAUGGCAACCAUGAUAAUCAGCUUAAGUUCAAUUCUGAUGAUUAUCAGGUGAGGAAGAAAACUGAAUUGACUAUUGAUCAUUCAGUAGCAAUUGUUCGUCUUGGAGCUAUGAGUAUUGAUCAUGAGGAGUCUGAUGACGUUGCUGUGAAAGAUGAAUCACUUGACCAUGAGGAGUCUAUUAGAGUUGUUGUGGAACAUGAUGAUAAGACUGAGGAUAAGACUGAGGAUGUUGUUGAAGAACUCCAGAAGUUAAAGGUUGAUGAUGAUGAUGUAGUUCAUGACUGAGUGCUAUAAUAUAUAAGACUAUGCCUUUCUUUGUAUAAUGGGGCAGCUUAGUAUAGUCAGACUCUAUAUGAUUAUGUUAUGAGGCCAACUUUUUGUACUAUGGGCCGAUCCAUUAUGUUUAGUCUGACUUAUUUGUGGGUUUAAUAUGUUUAUUAUCCAGUUAGAAGAUGUGUGCUACAAGCAGAUUUAUUUUGUAAUAUGUUGUGAGCAACACUAUCCACAUGAAUCACUUCUUCCUUAUCAAUAUAAUUUUCUGUUUGUCUA